AUGCCGACGACGAUCGAUUGGUCCGUCGUGGACUUCGACGCGGACGUGGGACGCGCGCACUGGACGCGCGAACGGCGACGAGAGACGGGGGCGCGCGUUCGACGCGCGCUCGAGGCGGCGGCGGAGACGCGACGCGCGGGACGCAUGGCGACGUACGACGAAUCCGGCGACGAGGAGGAGAGCAUGGAGCGCAUGAGCGUGGAAUUCGCGGCGGAGGCGCUGAUCGCGAGCGGGACGUACGACGCGGACGCGAGAGCGGGAUUGAGAACGCGGGCGACGCGCGCGGGCGAGUCGUGGAGGACGUUCGCGGAGGCGGAGGACGGCGCGGCGGAGCGAAUGCGACGCGCGGCGGCGUUGGACGAUGGGAGCGAAUCGGAGAGCGAAGAACGAGCGGAGGGGGAGUGGUCGUGGACGCGGGCGGUGAAAAUCGGUGGAGCGGCGGCGAUCGGGGGGGCGGCGUUGUUCGUCACGGGGGGGGUCGCGGCGCCGGCGGUGCUGGCGUCGUUGAGCGGGCUGGGCGUGAUAGGCGCGGCGACGACGGGGGUGUUGGCGACGCUGGGCGGCGUCGGCGCCGUGUUCGGCGCCACGGGCGCGGGGCUGACUGGGUACGCGAUGUUGCGUCGAACGUCGACGGAGAUGGAACAGUUUCAGUUCAUUCCUCUGCGCGGCGUCGGGCGACGAUUCGCGCUGCACGUGUUCGUUCCUGGAUUUUUGCGCGAUGAGCGCGAUUUACUCCGCGCGUGGGGAGCGGAAAAGAAUCAAUACGUCGUCGUGAUCGAUGAUCCGGGCGAACUCGGGAUGACGCUCGAGCGCGACGACGACGGCUAUUUGAUCGUGCAAACCACCGACGCGUUGAAGCAGACCGUCAAGGGCGCGGCGUCUCUGGCUGGGGUGAUCUCUGGGAGUAUCUUGGUUUCUUACCGCUCGAUCGAUCCGCAAGAGUUGGCGCGUUCGCGUUCGAGUAAAAUCUUGAGCAAGAAGGGCAAGACGCCGAAGAUUGAGGAACUGGAAGCCAUGCCGCGGCCGUUGGAGCUACGACUGCAACUCACCAAGGACGAGGCGUUGGAUAAAAAAAUGGACUCGCUGGUGGAAAAGAUGAGGGAGGUCGUGCUGGAGAAGACGAUCGACGAGAAGGACGCCGAAGCGCCGGCGGCAAAACCUGAGUGGGGAAAUCACACCGGCGAACAAUACGUGCUGAACUGGGAGCCGUCCACGCUCACCGAACUCGGCACCGCGAUGCAGUUCGUGGGUGGUAAGUACGCCAUCACGGUCGCCGCGCCGAAAGUUUUAGCUCGAACCGCGCUCGCGUCGAUCACGACCGCGGUGUCUUGGCCGGUGACGCUCCUCAGCUGCGCGUGCUACCUAGACAAUCCGUGGACGAUUGCGCGAGCAAAGGCGGAAAUCGCCGGGGAGGAAAUCGCCAACGCUUUGCUCACCCAGCAGCACGGUCGACGACCCGUGACGUUCGUGACGUACAGCUCUGGCGCGUUUGUGGUUCAGAGCGCGCUGAUGAAGCUCCACGCCGCUGGUGAAAAGGGAAAGAAAAUUGUCGAGCGCGUCGUGUUCAUUUCGGCGCCGAUGUCUACGUCGAAUAAAGUCUGGGAACCGAUGCGAGAAGUGGUAUCGGGGCGACUGGUCAAUGUGUACGUCCCCGACGACUGGAUGCUGCUGUUCUUUUAUAGACUCAAGAGCGUUGAUACGACGCUCGGAUUGGCUGGGUUACAGCGCGUCGAUAGAGAUGACGUCGAAAACUUUGAAAUGUCUUUUAAGCACGCGAACAUCCCCGACGAGAUGUCUCGCAUUCUCAACGAAAUAAAUCUCGACGAAUAACGAGGUAAAAAACGUACGAUCUAGCUACUUGUUGUACUA